UGUGGCUAGGAGUUGGAACUAGAUGAAGAGACAAAAUCACAUGCGCAGCUUCAUGACUUAAACUGCUUAGUUCCUUGCUGCAGUAAUUAAGGCAGAGAGAAGCAGCAUCUUAUGAGCUGGCAGGGACCGGCUAUUAUGUGGAAAAUCCAAGUUCUCACUCGGAGUACUCCUGCUCUUACAUAUUACGUAUAUUUAAUUACAUUCGCUUAGGGAUGGGUGUGGUAAAUGGUACUUGUGAAACUUCUGAGGUGUAGGUGGCAGCCUCUUCAUCUUGCUGCCUGUUCCAGGACUGCUCAUUGUAUUUGGGAGGCACCACUUUAGCAGUCCUGGUCACUGAAGGAUUCAUUCACACCAAGAACAUGGAAGGCUUACGGAAAGGCUGGUGGCUGCUGAUGGCACUCUGCUUGGCUUCUUACCAAGUUACCGCAAGUCCUCUGUCUUGGGAGAAAGAGUGUGCAGAAGGUCCAGAAACAUGGUGUCAGGAUUUCCCAACAGCACUGAAAUGUGGGGCCUUGGAUCACUGUCAACGGAUGAUGCUCCAACCCCCGGUGAAAACCCUCAGAUGUUCUUUGUGUAAACUUGUUGUAGUAAUGAUGGCAAAAGUCAUACAGGACAAUACCACAGAUGCAAGAAUCACUAAGUUCUUGGAACACGGAUGCCAGUAUCUUCCUUUCCAAGACUGGGCAGUCAAAUGCAAGAAGAUGGUGGACACUGGAGUUAUAAUUCUGGUUCAACUUGGAAAACAAGUGCAGGACAGGCCUGAAAUAGUGUGCUCCGCUUUCAGGUUGUGCAUUCAGAAAGAAACCCCGGAAGGAGCUCUGAAGUUCCAGAAACCACUGCAGCCCAAUGAAGAGCCUGAAUUGGACUUCCCCCGAAUGAUAUCUCCUUUCAUAGCUAAUGUGCCUCUUCUCCUUUAUCCUCAAGAGGAAUCUCAGGAGAGAGAAGAUUCCUGUAGUGACUGUGCAAAGGUAGUUGCUGAUAUGAAGGAAGCCAUGAAGAGCAGCCCCUUCCUUGUUCAGUCCUUAGCUGCUUAUGCCAAGCAGCAUUGUGAUCGUCUGGAGUCUGCCUUGGCUGAUGAGUGUAAGAAGUAUGUCUUCGAAUAUGCACACAUUUUUAUACAGCUGCUGACAGAGUUCUUGGACCAGCAAGCCAAGACUGUUUGUAGUGAAGCUGGAUUCUGUAACUCUCCACAGUCUGAGCCUGUUCAUACUUCAGUAUCAACCAACGACCUUCACGAAUUGUACACAGCAUUGGUUGAGGAGGAAACACUAAGGCAAGAAAAGCCCACUUUGGUAUGUGGCAUAUGCAAGAAACUGAUUGAGACAGCGGAGGGUCUGAUAGAGAAUAAUGUAACAGAAGAGGGAAUAGUCCACGGAAUGAUGAAAGUCUGCUAUGUACUGCCUCAUGAGAUCUUAGCCCAGUGCAAGGACUUUGUUGACUCCUAUGGGAAAGCUAUUGUUGUUAUGCUCCUGGAUGCAACUAAGCCGGAAAAUGUGUGCGUCAUGCUAAAUUUUUGCCCCAAAGACAUCGCUUCGAGCACUGAAAUGUUAGCUCUGCAGCAGCUAUUGAACUACAUUACAAAAGAUGACAGCGAAGUCUGCCAUGUGUGUACAAUUCUCAUUAAAUAUGUCGACGAGACACUGGAGAGGAAUGAAACACAGGCACAUAUUGGAACUGUGCUUUCUAGAGGCUGCCAGUUGUUGCCUGAAGCUUUGGUGUAUCCGUGUGAUCAGUUUGUGGAGCAAUAUGAACCAGCAGCCCUCCGCCUUCUCAUUCAGGUCAUGGAACCAACCUUUGUAUGCACUAAAAUAGGAGCCUGUCCUGAAUCCCAUCUUUUGGGCAUGGAAGUCUGUGCCCGUGGCCCUGACUACUGGUGCAUGAACACAGAGACUGCAACUCAAUGCCAGGCCACUGAAUACUGCAGACGUCAUAUAUGGAACUAGAGAAAACCUGUUCAGUGGGUGAACAUUGCUUUUGUUUUGAAAUCCUGGAAUUUGGUGGGGUUGGGAGAGAAAUGUCUAAAUCUUGGAAGAACCCCAUAUUUCUUUUCUACCUUUGGUUUCAUUUGUAGUGUGGCUCCCCACUGGGUGUUUGCAUUGCUCAAGGGAAAAAACUCUGUGUAUUCUUCGUUAAUGAUGCUGUAAAACAUCAUACGUUUAGUUAUGCCUUAUGAGCUAUGGUGCGGAAGGGACCAGGAUUGGGAAGAGAAGCUGGGAAGUUAUGGAAUGCAUUUGAGUUUUUUAAAAAAAUAUAAUUUCCAUAGAACAUGUUUUAAUGUGAACAAAUUAAUUAAAAAAAUAACAUUUUGUUAUUUCUUCUUCCACACAGCUAUUAAGAUACAAAAGCCUGUUCUUUGUUGAGGCUGGUCUCCAUUGCAUAUAUGGAGGGCGGGCAAUACUCUGAUAUAUUUUGUAAUUUUGUGUUUUCCCUACUUAGGAUUUGUCUGAUGUAUAAAUUUGCACACACUCACACCCGCUCAAUAUUCCUGGUGAGAACACAUGCCGUUGCUCUUAUUAGAACAUUAUCUUGAGCAUUUUACCAAAACUCCUGCAACUAUGACACAUUAAAACAU